AUGGCACCUCACAACAUGAAGGUUGAUCCUGAUGGAUUGCUAGCUUCUCUGAUCGCAUCGCCUAUCCUUCUCACGCCCUUCGCUUCUAUCGAAACUCAGCUGGAAAGAAAAGCAACGUACGUGCAGUCUAGAUUGGCACGACUGCGAGAAUACGAGGAUAUCGCUAGUGCUGGAUUGCCUUUGACUGUCAGUCAGAACGAGGCUAGAUCGAAGAUCGAUGAAGUUAUGAAGCAUUUACAAUAUGUGAAGGCACUGGAGACUAUGCAAUCACCUCGUAGGCGCUACCCCUUGCCAUUUACGGGGUGA